AAUUUUGUUUUGCAAUAAUUAUCCUUCGCUCGCAAAUCGAGAGCGUACAGGUGUAGGCCUUUGAUUCAAAUUUUCAUAUUGGUUUAGCUGAGAAAAUGCCACCCAAGAAACGCAUUUGCAGGGACCACCAACUUCCGUUGGACGACGGGCCCGUGCCCGAGUACAAACGCCGUCCGACAUAUGUCCAAAAUCAAUUGCGCAAAAUACGCCAGAGCUCUGCGCGCGUGCAGCCACCCGCAGCCGAGGAAAGUGUCACCACAGCUAGCCCAGAAGUCGCUGAGGAUAUUCGCAAGCCUGUGGCUACACAGCUAUCACGGAAGGUUCUCAGACAAAUUAAUUGUAACACUAAAAUGGAUCCGGCUUUGUCGCGCUUACUUGCUGCUGCCGAUAUGACGACCGAGGAAAUACGCGCCGAGCGCAUCAACCAGACCAAGAAGGAUCGCCUCAAGUAUCUGAUGGGGAAGGUCAAUGCGGAGACCCCACCACCUUGGCAUGAAGCCACAAACAUUUGGUACGAAAUCGUUCAACUGGAGAACAGCAUCGACGAGUACAAGCAGAAAGUAGCCAAGUAGAAACAAGAAUCAAACACCAAGGACUGUCAAACGACUUCCACAGCCACCAGAUGUGAGCGCCAAGCACCAAUUACCUGAGUGUAAUACACACACUAAACACUAAACACUAAAGACUAAUCACUAAACACUAAACAAAUGUACACAUAAAUAUUAGCAAAUAAUUGUAAAAGGUUUCAUUGGUGUAUUAGAGCCAAGCCAGCCCUAUUAUAUUGCUCGGGAGUUGAAGCUCCGAGCGGGCGCUUUAGCUCUGAA